GCAAGGGCACUUGUGCAUUUACUUCAGCCUCACGCCGAUUGUCAAGGCGUGUGUGUGUAAAGCAUCGUGGCCAUGGCAACCGCGAGUGUUCUCCAUAAAUAGUCCUUGAGACCCUAUUCACGGAAUUGGGCAAAUUGUAAAACGCACACACGGGCCAUUCUGCAAACAAAUCCUGCAAUAGCCCUUUUCUAUGAGUAUCGCAUUAAUCAAGGGCUUAACAAGGCGCGCCAUGCCUUAAGCAAACCCUCCUUUGCCACCGCCUUUCUGAUAGUUUUUCCACUAAAUGUCAAAGGUCGGCGGCCGUGGUGAGCGCAUAGAGCAAAUCGGUCAUUAUUUUCUGCUUACCGCCGACUAAAGCGGCCUCAGGGGGUGAAGACUUUGGACUGGACGGCUGGCCUCCAAACGGUUCACUUACAAUAAGGCAGGUUUGGCUUUAACACGAUGCAGUUGAAACUCCCCAAGUCGCAGCACCUUGACGGGAUGGCCAGGCAGCUGCCAUGAGUAGGUUCUAGUCGUCAGAAACGUGGUUCACACUCUCGGGAUUGGUACGAGUUCAUCACCGCUACAUCAACUGACUGUGUACCAAACGCACCUGCCGUCUAUCCCCCAGAGCCGCCAAAAACCGAGCCGUUUAUCGUGUCCCUGAGCCGGCGGCAAACAUGCGGAUAGGCUGGAUCGUCGACAUGGCGUCUAAGUGACUUCUGAUGAAGACCACUAUCUGGACAACAAGCAGACAUGAAUACCACCGCUUGGAUGUCUUCAUCGUCGGCACAAGCCUCGCAGGGCUUCAUUGUCAGCCACGUUCCGCGGACGACGCCUUACGACGACGUCGAACCGACAGCCGUCAACGUCACGACGUCGUACGACGUAGUCCCGUCAGCUGAAUACUUCAACAUCGACGUCAACGUCACGUUCUUCAACAACGUCUCGUCGAACGUCAGCGUCACGACGCUGGGCCCGCCUCCGCCGAACACGUGCCCGCCCGGGUUCUUCUGCCGAGAGUACUGGGACCUCGCGCAGAUCCUCGGCGUGCAGAUUUUCUUCAUCAUCUUCUACGUCACUAUUAUUCUACUGGCCGUGGUGGGGAACGCCAUGGUGCUGUGGACAGUCUGGAGAAACAAGAAGCUGCGAACGGUGACGAACUAUUUCAUCAUGAACCUGGCCGCGACGGACUUGGUGGUGGGGUUGUUCGUGGUGUUGUUUAAGCUGCUGGAGUUCGCCACGCCCGUGGCAGUGGACUUCUUUAACGUGCCCCUGUGCACCGCGCUGAACUUUCUCCAACCCGUCUUCGUGGGGGCCAGCAUGCUCACGCUGGUGGCCGUGUCGUUUGAAAGGUUCAAUGCCAUCUGCCGCCCUCUGGACACCAAGUUCACCAGUAAAAAGCGGAUCGUCGCCAUGUUGGUUGCCGUGUGGGUCGUUCCCAUGGUGCUUUGCUCCCUCCAGCUGAUCCCAGCCGCGUUCUUCCGGAUGCGCCUGAGCAGUGAGAUGGGAACCAUCAGCCGGGCCCGCUGUCUGGAUGACAUCCCCAACACCAUCGGGGACCCGACCUGGUACCACGUGACGCUGUUCCUGGUACUGUACGCCCUCCCCCUGCUGUUCAUCAGCGUGGUGUGCGUGCGGAUCGUGCUGAGGCUUCGCGCCAUGGAGACGCCAGGCAGUCAGCUGGUCAACGACAGGGACAUGGCCAGGAAACGGGACAAGAACAAGAAGAUGGUGACGCGAAUGGUGAUCGCCGUGGCGGCUGCCUUCGCCGUGUGCUGGACGCCGUUCUACGUCAUGAACAUGUCUGCGCUGAACCCGGACACAAACUUCAUCGCCAACAGUAACCUGUUCUUCUGGCACACGCUCAUGUACGGCCUGGGCUUCCUCAACUCCGCCAUCAACCCGGUCAUCUACAUCGUCAUGAGCGACAAGUUCCGCCGCGGCUUCUACACCGUCUUCUGCUGCGUGCCCUGCCGGAAGCUGUGCAGGUUCUCCGCGGAGAUGGCCAACUCCAAGAUGCUCUCCCACAGCAGCACCUCCGCGCCCAAUCAGUCCCUCUCAACCUCGCCCAGGAGAAACCUGGCGGUGGUCCACAAAAACAGCCCCAAACUCGUGAAGAGAGUUUCGUUCGCGAAAGACCUAACCCUGACCACGAAGGUGAAGGUAUACGGUAAUCGCCGUAUGGUAGACACUGAUGAUCAGAUAAAGGAGGCUGAUGAGGAUAAGGCCAGAGCGAGUCCGGGAGUGAAGCGGAAGACCACCUGGAGGAACCCCGCCAGGGAGAGGAGGUGGCUGAAACUGAGCUGGAGAAAAAUCACAAAGAGAGUGAGCAGCCGGAGCAACGCCGACUCCGGAGUGUACAGCAUCAGCGGAGAACCUCCCGACAUUGCCACCCACGAAGACCUGUGCAAUGACCUGCCGCCAGAAGACGGCAACCAGAAAACUGGCGCGAACGCGUGCCCUGAGUCAGCAGAUGCCGACGAUGUUAGUGCAAUCCACAGUGACCAUGCAAUCGCAAACGUAGACAUCCACAUAGACAUUGGCGGCAACGACAACCUGUCCUAUAGCCACGCACCAGAAGGAACUACGCAAUCCCUUCACCAGGAAGAUGUCACGAUACCGGAAGGGUUUGAGAUCGCGCCGGGUUACGACCAGUACUCCUCCGAGGAAGAGGACACGGUGCCGGACUUCAGCGACAUCCCGGACUUCCAGGAGUACUGCUACACGCUGGCGCCAGCCCUGCCCAAGAAACCGCUGAAGAGAGGGUUCCGGAGAACCUCCACCUCUCUGACAAGCGCCGUGGAGGUUUAGAGACAGCUGCUAUAUAUACUGUUGUUUAUAUUCGUGCUCUAUGAUAUGGACAGAAAUGACACUUUAAGCACGAUAGUGUCCUCGCUUAUUGCCACAUUUGAUUUCAGCAAUCAACAAUGGAAAUUCCUCCUUAAGUUUAGCGCUGACACCAGUUCUUAUACCUCUCUAACAAACCAUGUAGAAGUUAGCGACAGUUGCUAUACAUUAACGUGAGAAGUUUGGGUCCAUUUAGGAUCCAGGUAAAAGGUAUCUAACAGUAACACAUACAGCAUGCAGAGAGGAUCAGAUCUUGUCUCUUCUGCCAUUUAUCCAUUUACACACGUACCAGGGUAUGUAUCUUAAUAAAGGGUGCAAAAAACACCAGACACUGACCCAAAAUAAACAGACUCCAACAAAGUUGUUGACGAAAUUUUGUUAUUGUUUCAAACUUUAUCCAUCUUAACCAUCUCAAUAUUCCUUUAGUGUCUGACUGAUACAAGGAGCAGUUGAGGAUAGGAGUACUGUGCAGUCAUGUACUGUAAGUGUUGCUUGGG